AUGGCGGAUUCGGGCAGGUCUUCCGAUAAGUCGCCUCUCAAGACCAGGGCAGUGCGAGCCCAGAGGCCCGUUGGCGCUCCCACAGCAGCGAGGCCCAGCUUUGUCGACGAUGAUUCCGACGACGACGAGUCGAGCGAUCCUACGCCCUUGCCCAGGAGUCAUACUCCAGGUCAUCUUGCCAGCAAGAGCAUCCAGGCCAACCGUCGAAAACCCUCCGACCUUUCAAUACGUCAACGCUCUCAGUCAACAUCACAAGGCGCUUCACAACCCCCUACUUCGUCUGCUUCGAGGCCAGCUACCAAACCACCAGUAUCAAUCGCCAACGGCGCCGGAGAUGGCUCCAGCGACGAUCGUCAUGCUCGACGGCCCACGGCCAUGCGGUCAACGUCGGCAAUAGCCAGUCGCACAACUGCCCAAGUCGCGGCGCGAUAUGGAUCCCAUACCCCUCGUGCAGUGCGAGGAGAAUAUACAGCAUACCCCCCGCUCCCGGAUCCCAGGACGGCGCCCGAUGUCCCCGUGGCCCCGGCUUCCGGCAUGUACUGGUCCAAGGCGCCCGUAUCCGGUGCCCCUCAUACGUGCUUAAGAGCGCAUACCGCCACUAUUACCGGUUCCAACGUCUACGUCUUUGGUGGGUGCGACUCGAGAACGUGUUUCAACGACCUCUAUGUUUUGGACGCGGAUUCCUUCCACUGGUCCGUGCCUCACGUCGUUGGUGACAUACCGGUCCCUCUAAGAGCCAUGACUUGCACCGCCGUAGGGAAGAAGCUCAUUGUGUUUGGCGGAGGUGACGGCCCUGAAUACUACAACGACGUCUAUGUUUUGGAUACAACAAACUUCCGGUGGAGUAAGCCACGGAUUAUCGGUGACAAGAUGCCCUCAAAGCGUAGGGCGCAUACGGCAUGCUUGUACAAGAAUGGCAUUUAUGUAUUUGGCGGCGGAGAUGGCGUACGAGCUCUGAACGAUAUCUGGCGGCUCGAUGUCACAGACGUCAACAAAAUGUCAUGGCGACUAGUAUCUAGCCCUGACAAGACGACCCCAGGGGCCAAGGACUACCGGCCCAAGGCACGGGGCUACCACACGGCCAACAUGGUGGGCAGCAAGCUCAUCAUCUUUGGCGGCUCCGACGGCGGCGAGUGCUUCGACGACGUGUGGGUAUAUGAUGUUGAGACGCACGUAUGGAGAGCCGUUCCUAUACCUGUCGCUUUCCGCCGUCUUUCACAUACUGCCACCAUCGUGGGCUCCUAUCUCUUCGUCAUUGGCGGCCACGAUGGCAACGAGUAUUCCAACGACGUCUUGUUACUGAACCUGGUCACAAUGACCUGGGAUAAGCGGCGUGUUUACGGCAAGGCACCUUCUGGGCGCGGUUACCACGGCACGGCGUUAUACGACAGCCGUCUUAUCGUGAUAGGCGGCUUUGACGGGAGCGAGGUGUUUGGCGAUGUGAUGCUUCUGGAGCUGGCCGUGCAUGCGUAUUACUCGCAGAUCAGCCACUUCACCAUCGAGGUCUAG